AUGACCACCUUGGAAAUAAAGAAAAUGCCGUAUGUCCGUCUGGGUAACUCCGGGCUGAAAGUAUCCAAGAUCAUCCUAGGUUGCAUGUCCUAUGGCAGCUCGGACUGGCAGGAGUGGGUCCUCGAUGAGGAGGAGGCUGUCAAGCAGAUCAAGUUUGCAUACGAGCACGGUGUUCAAACCUUCGACACUGCGGAUAUAUACUCCAACGGCUUGUCGGAGGUCAUCCUAGGCAAGGCGAUCAAGCAGCUUAACCUCCCCCGCGAGGAGAUCGUUGUGAUGACGAAGCUCUUCAUGCCCAUUACAUCCGGUAGAUGGGACGCCAACCCCACUAGGAUCGGACGGAAUGCAGACGAAGUCGGCUUGGUCAACCAACACGGACUCAGUCGCAAGCAUAUUUUUGAUGCGGUGAAGGCCAGCCUGGAACGUCUUCAGCUUGACUAUAUUGAUCUCUAUCAAUGCCAUCGGUUCGACUACGAGACUCCCAUCGAGGAGACAAUGCAAGCAUUGCAUGACGUCGUCAAAGCCGGAUACGUGCGCUACAUCGGCAUGAGUUCUUGCCACGCCUAUCAAUUCCACGCCAUGCAGAACUACGCGAUUCAGAACAAGCUCACUCCAUUCAUCGCCAUGCAGAACCACUAUAGCUUGAUGUACCGCGAAGAGGAACGGGAGAUGUUCCCUACUCUGAAAAUGUUCGGUGUAGGCUCGAUCCCUUGGUCCCCUCUCGGACGUGGAGUGCUUGCCAGGCCGUUGACCGAGAACUCCAAGCGCGGGGAGACAGACUUCUUUCAGAAAAAUUACAACGGCGUUGGCACGCCGGAAAUUGUGAAGCGUGUCGAGGAAAUUUCCAAAAAGAGGGGCAUCAGCAUGGCCCAAGUCGCAAUUGCCUGGUGCCUGGCCAAAGAUGGCGUAAGUGCCCCCAUUGUCGGCACUACGAGCCUCGACAAUCUGAAGGAUAUCAUCGGUGGAGUGUCCGUGACGCUCACGGAAGAUGAGAUGAAGUACCUGGAGGAGCCGUAUGUCCCGCAGGAGAUUGUCGGUCAUUCGUAA